GUGUGCGUAAGAAAUGUUUCACAAUUGGGAAUGUUUCAGAAGAAAAGGGGAGAAAAAAUAUCUCUCUGCGAGAAAAUUAUCAAUUUUUCCUGGACAGCGGUGGAAAAGUGCUAAUUAUUUGGAUUGCGCCGCUUGCGGAGCAGUCAGUGACUUGUGAGAGUGCCUAUGGGACACUACCGGAGUUGUGGAAUUGCGCAAGAAACCCAUCUUCCUCGCGAGCUCUAUUUUGUGUUAACCUUUUUGUGACAUUGAAAAAAAGUGCGAAAGGGGUUGUAGACGGGAAAAUCCCAUGAAAAGUGCGUGAAAGUGCACCCAGGGUUGCUUGAGAGGUAGAGAAGGAGAAGCCACAGAGAUUCGCAAAGAUAGGUAGAAGUGGGAGUAUGGCCAAGGACGAGGAGGACGAUGAAUUCCUACCGGACAGAGAUGCCGCCAAGGGGUUCUAUGCGAAAUACGAACCAAAGGAAAUUCUGGGCAGAGGCAUCAGCUCAACAGUCAGGCGGUGCAUUGAGAAGGAGACUGGUCGUGAAUUUGCUGCCAAGAUCAUCGAUUUGGGUGCUGAAGGAGCCACAGAAGCAUCAACGCGUCACAUGUUGGAGGCGACACGCCAGGAAAUUUCCAUUUUACGCCAUGUAAUGGGGCAUCCGUACAUCAUUGAGCUGCAGGAUGUUUUUGAGUCUGACGCCUUCAUCUUCCUUGUGUUUGAGCUGUGCAAGAAUGGUGAACUCUUUGACUAUCUCACCUCCGUCGUGACACUGUCUGAGAAGAAGACGCGAUACAUUAUGAGACAAGUAUUUGAAGGAGUUGAAUAUAUUCAUGCUGCAGACAUUGUGCACAGAGACUUGAAGCCAGAAAAUAUUUUACUGGAUGACAGUUUAAAUGUUAAAAUUACAGAUUUUGGUUUUGCCAAACAUCUUGAGCCUGGACAGAAGCUUUUUGAUUUGUGUGGCACUCCUGGGUAUUUGGCGCCUGAAACGCUUAAAUGCAGCAUGUUUGAAGAUGCAGCGGGAUAUUCGAAAGAGGUGGAUGUUUGGGCGUGUGGUGUGAUAAUGUUUACACUCCUCGUGGGUUGCCCACCGUUUUGGCAUCGCAAACAAAUGGUAAUGCUGCGAAAUAUCAUGGAAGGGAAAUACAGUUUUACAUCACCCGAAUGGGCUGAUAUUUCAGAGGAUCCCAAAGAUUUGAUACGAAAGUGCCUCGUUGUUGAUCCAGUUAAACGUAUUACAGUACAGGAAGCUCUCCGUCAUCCAUUCUUCAAUACAGUUCUUUUUGAGCAAGACAUUGGAAUACUUAAACGAAGUCUAUCAACAAAAUCAAGGAGAUUCAGUCGUAUCUCCGAAAUUGCACUGAAGAGGAGACAGAGUUUAUUCAAUGCUAGAAAGAAGUUCCUUUAUGCAAUUCUCUGCGUACGAGCUGUUGUGCGUAUCAGACGAUUGAGAUUUACGGCUGAACCACUUAAAGUUGAGGAAGCCCUCAAGGAUCCAUACAGGGUGAAAGUGCUAAGAAAGGUGAUCGAUGGCUGUGCCUUCCGUGUUUAUGGUCAUUGGGUGAAGAAGGGCGAAGGCCAAAAUAGAGCUGCGCUCUUUGAGAAUAUGCCACGUACAGAGUUACAUACACUCUAUAUGAAUAAUCUAAGUCGAUAGAAUUGUACAGAAGGAGAGGAAAAGUUUUUUUUUCUUAAUUUAUAAGCAAAGAUCAAUUAACAAGAGAUUUUGCUUGCAAUACGAAUGAAUAAAAAAUGAAAAGUGCUCAAAGAAAAUCAACGAAUUAUCCCUCAAUUUUGCAACAAUUAGAAUUUUAGUCAGAGUGAGGAUUUUCAUUUUAUCUCUAAAUUGAGAUAUUUUGCAGAAAAGGAAGGAAUUGAUCUUUAUAAUAAGGCUAACUUCAAAACCUUCCUGUAUGCAAUGGACAUUGAUAGAGAAUAAGAAUUGAAAUUGAAGAAUAGAAUAGACUGAAAGAAGGAAUUCACGCUAGAGAGGGAGAAAUUCGUAGAUGUUAAAUAUCUCACACAAAAUGUUUUUAUGGAAUAUUAUUUUAUUUAUAAGUGAGAAUACAAUAUAAUUUUAUUUAUUUAAUGAAAAAAAAAGACAGAAGAAGCAAAAAAUCUCUUCUUUGUGCCGAAAUACUUAAAAAAUCAAAAAGAAUCAUCUUUCAUCAGUUUGUGUGCGUUUUAUUUCAUUAAAAACUCUUAUUUCCACAUUUUUUUUUCAUUUUAUUUGAACUUGAGGCCAAAAAAUAAAUAAUAAAACAGUGGAAAUUAAAACAUAACCGAGUCAUAAUUUAUAAUGGUAUUUUAUUAUGUAUAGUUUUUUUUUCUCCAAUGAAUCUAAUUCCAUUUUUAAAAAAAUUGAGAAUUUUAUCGAAAUUUUAUUGCAAUAUAGAAGUCUCCAUUGCCCCAGUUUCUUUUAAGAAUUCAUCAUUGGCAAAACUAAUUUUAAUUAGGUAUUUUUUUCUUUUGUAUUUGUAUACAGAGAAGUUUGAGAGAUAAAAGGGACCGUUGUGUCAUUAAAGUGAAUUUUCAUUGUUA